CAAUAACAGGCAAGCGGUUCGGUGUAAAUAAACUUUUCUUUUAGCUUUGUAGAUCAUCCAGACAGGGAGGGUCUAUCUUACAGUUCUUUCUUUUAAAACUUCACCGCAGCUAAGAUUAUUAAAACUAAGCAAAAUUAAUUCUAGUCCCUAAAGACAGGAAAAAUUGCUUAGUGUUUUGCGGGCAAGUUAUGGAAAACGGAACAAAGGACAGAGCCAAUCCUAACAUGUCCUUUAGAACAAAAGCGAAGAGACUGCUAAAGGUCAACCCGAAGCUGAUCCCGGUCAAACUUUUAAUGUUUCUUCUGUACGGAGGAAUGGCUGGGCUUUAUCCGUUCCUUAUAGUACACAUGAAAGAUAUUGGACUGACGUCGGCGGAAUCUGCGUACAUUAAUGCCAUGCUGCCUUUUGUGACAUGCAUCGGUCCACCGCUUGGCGGUGCUCUUGCGGAUAAACUGGGAAAUUACAAAGUCGUGCUGAUCGGGGUGAAUCUAAUCAGUAUUGUCUUCCAUUACCUUAUAUUGUACGCCGUUCCACCAGCACGGCCUAUUCGCACAACGGCGGAAUUGCCGGUAACCAAUGGGAGUUUAAGUCUGUUUUGCGACAGCAACAAUGCCAAAAACCUGCUCCCGCCCAACGAAAUACUGAUUGACCAAUGCCGUGAUGGAUCUAUUGCCAAUUUUUCCCAGAUCUUGAGCACACGAAUCCAGUUCGACGACUGCAUGUCAACCUGCCGAAACAGUGCGAGUAUCUGCUUUGGCUCCGAUGCCGAAUGUCAACCGUCGACAUUCUUCCGCAAUCGAUCUUUUCCCGAUAUGAUGGUCCAAGGUCAUAAUCGGUCGCUGCAAUUAAAAACCAUCAUGGCCCCAUUGUCAGAUGACAAUGAUGGAGAAAUCAGGUGCAGGUUGCCGGGAGCGCCGCCUGAUAUCAACUGUACUAUAACCUGUGCGAUUCGGGCCGAUUUUUUUGUUAACUGCUCUACCGUGAAACCGGCUCAGAAUCGCGCUAUGACUUUGGGACUGUAUUCCUUGUUUCGGUUGCUGGCCACGGGAUUCGCUUAUACACUGAUGCCACUUUUAGAUGCAGUUGCUUAUCAGUUAUCGGAUGAACAAGAAGGUGAUCUUGGGUUUCAGCGCGUGUGGGCGUUGUUUGGCAUGUGCGGUUGUCCCCCACUUUCCGGAUGGUUAAUUGGGUAUGCAACAAAAUUAGCGAAAGGAGUUGACGAUUAUUCUCCGCCAUUUCACGUCUUUGGCGGAAUGCAUUUCACCGCGGCAAUCAUUACGUGUUUUAUGAGUGCGUCGCUGCGAACUGCUGCGGAGAACAUUUGGUCCAAUGUUGGGAAACUCUUUCGAAAUCCCAAAAUUACGGUCUUCGUUAUCAUGAUGUUUUUGGCAGGGUGUGCGUGGGGAUUUCUCGAAACAUUCUUGUUUUGGUUCAUGAAAGACAUCGGCGCUAGCACUCUUCUGAUGGGGAUGACCAAUACGGUGUCCGGUUUGUCAGCUGUGCCAGUAGUUUUGGCUUCUACACUGCUCAUAAAGUUCUUCGGCCACACAAAAAUUAUUAUGUUUUGUUUGGCCAUCUAUGGAUGCCGGUUUCUAUCCUACUCGGUUAUUUACGAACCUUAUCAUGUACUGCCCGUGGAAAUACUGGAAGCGUUUACCACUUCGCUUUUUGGUGUUGUCUCGUCAGUCUACUGUGGAAAAAUUGCUCCAGAUUAUUUGGCAACCUUGCAAGGAGUGGUUGGUGGCCUGCACAGCGCCUUUGGAAGAGGAUGCGGAAGCUUGGUCGGCGGACUGAUGUUCGAGUACAUAGGAGCUCGCCGUACCUACGUAUAUUUCGGUUCGGCUUAUAUCUGUUUUGGCGCACUCUACGCAGUUCUACACUAUGCAUGGUUGCGCAGACUUCCUAAUCCUCAGGCAUCAGCAAGAGCUGCGAAACAGAAAGAAGGUCUACUCCAGCCCAGUGCAGGCCAGGUCACAGUGGAGUAUCAGCUCAGUCCGGAAGAUGAGGAAGUUGUCGCAAAACUGGCCCGAAUGGAUGCCCUGACGCGCCGAUACAGCCAGGCACCGGUUAUAGUGGAAAGCAGCGCCACACGAAAGGAAUCGAGCGGAAGUUCAAAAGCCGAUCGACUAAACGUUAACGCUCCUGCCCUUCGACGACGCAGCACCCUAGUGCCCAGUGUAAUGUCUCUCACCGGACGGUAGGCAGAUUAUUCCGACCCUUUGAUACAACGGCGCGCAGAAAAGUCACUCAUCAGUCUCUAAAAAAAGUCGUACUUAAAUUUCGCCAAAAACCGUAUUUACAAUAUAUUCGCUGUCAAACCUUCCUGCACGUAUUACCAAAUACAUGUACUCUCUACUCGUAGACUUGUGUUGCCCUUUUACAAUCAUUAAAU